AAAACAAAUAAAUUAAUUAAUUAAAAAAGACAGAGAGAGAGAGAGUCUGGUUCUAUCGUCUUAUUGUUUUCCCGGUAACAGGGAACGCGCACGGGCGGCUACGAACUCGCCGGAUUUUUCAAAUCGUCCAGCAGUUUUCAUGACUUCAGAUGCUCUCACUAUACCAUCUGAGCUCGAAUCUGCGUUGCGGCUCAGGACUGUCCAAUACUUUAUCACUAAGAGGCCUUGGCUUGAUCUCUAUGGAGUCCAUGUGAGGCCUGUGGCACCAUGCGGUAGUACAAGCAGUAUACCCCAUUAUGAUCCAGCUUUGAUUCAUCGUUGCUUGCCUGAUGAGCUUCUUUUCGAGGUGUUUGCUCGGAUGAUGCCUUAUGACUUAGGUAGAGCAGCUUGUGUAUGCCGAAAGUGGAGGUACACUGUUCGAAACCCUGUCUUCUGGCGUAAUGCUUGCUUGAAAGCUUGGCAGACUACUGGUGUUAUCGAAAACUAUACGAUCUUGCAGUCUAAAUAUGAUGGAUCUUGGAAGAAAAUGUGGCUUCUUAGAUCCAGAGUUCGUACUGAUGGUCUUUAUGUGAGUAGGAAUACUUACAUUCGAGCUGGGAUUGCUGAGUGGAAGAUUACUAAUCCAGUUUAUAUAGUUUGUUACUACCGCUACAUAAGAUUCUACCCAUCUGGCAGAUUUCUUUACAAGAACUCAUCGCAGAAAUUGAAGGAUGUUGCCAAAUACAUGAACUUUAAGGCUUCUUCUAAAUCCGACAAUCUUUACAGAGGCACCUAUACAUUGUCAAUGACAGAUGAUAAGAUUGAAGCAGCUGUUCUGUACCCAGGGACAACCCCUACCGUCUUAAGGAUCCGUUUAAGGUUAAGAGGAACAGCGAUUGGAGCGAAUAACCGGAUGGAUUUGCUGUCACUUGUGACAAGUGGAGUGAACGAUGACGAAGUAAGCAACACAGAAGAAGACAUUCUUGGUCUAGUUGAAGGUUGGGAAGACGAUGAAACUCACAACCCGGAUAUACCUGCUGUCUCACACAAGAGGGGUAUGACUCCAUUCGUCUUCGUUCCUUUCGAAGAGGUUGAUCAAUCUGUUUUGAACUUGCCACCGGAGAAAAUGGAUUACUUUGUCACCGGCUAAGAAAGGGGAGACACAAGAACAACGUUUCUGUACAAAUAUGUAAUAUAGAAUAAUGCUUUUGUCACGUUUUAUUUUUAUAAUGUUGACAACAUUAGUGUUUUGUUGCUGUCGAAUUGUGAAAAAUACAAUACAUAUUGGGAUUUUUUGUUGUUACAGAGACAU